GUACAUAUUGUCAAUAUGAUGACAAUUAGACACCUAGCUUUUGCAAUGUUGGUGCUUAGUUCAACCAUCUUAGUUUUUGAAAAGGUGUCAGGCAUCUCAGCUCAACUUGAAUGCAAGGGCAGCUUAAGUGGCAUAGUGUCUCAAUGUCAAGCCUUUGUUAAAAAAGAGGGGCCACAAAUUCUUCCAUCAGACGCCUGCUGUGAGACCUUAAAAGCUGCUGAUAUCCCUUGCCUCUGCAAAUAUAUUACCCCGGUGAUUCAGAGCCAGAUUAGCAUCGAGAAAGCUAUCUAUGUGGUCAAAACUUGUGGAGGCACAGUCCCUCCUGGAACCAAGUGUGGAAGUUAUACGGUUCCACCAUCACCUCCUCCUCUAAUGGCAUAAUCCAAGGCGCAUGGAACUUCUAUGACAUAAAUAUCCACCUAUAUCAAAAAUUAAGCCAUACUCAUACAUAUAAAUACAUGGCAUCGGUCUUUAUAUAUGUGUUUUUCUUCCUUUAGUGUAU